GAGCAAAUUCCUCAGCAGGAAGAGUAAAACUCCGCUUCUGGUUGUCAGAUUCUUGAGUCGAGGAACAUUUUACCAAGUGGAUUUUACUUUAGUGAUCUUUUUGUGAGAAAAAAAAGGGUUAAGAGUGAAGAAGGCAGGCAGAGGACGACAGAGACAUGGCAGAUCCAGCAGCAGUGGAGGCAGCUCCUGUUCCCAAGAAGCAGAACCUUUGCGGAGUCUGCUCAGGUGAACUGGGCGGAGGUCAGCCGGCAGCUUGUGGUCACUCUGUCUGCGUCUCCUGUCGAGGAGACAAAACCCAAGGAUGUCCAAAGUGUCUUCAGACACCUCCUGUCAAGCCUGCUUCGGAGAAUGGUCCCAAGGAAAAUGGAGCACCUGCUGCUCCUCCUGUCAAAACCAAAGAAGAGCAAAGCCAGGGCCCAAUGUCUGGGGAGGGAGUCAAGGUACAAGAAGAUCUGAAGGAGUCUGAGAACCCCAAAACACCCGUGGAAAACAAGACAAAGCCAGAACCACAGACAGAACCAGGAUCAGAACCUGAGGAAGCAAAGAAGGAGCCUUUGGGUCCAGAUGAUGUGGUGUGUGACUCCUGCAUCGAAACCCCUUGCAGGGCCCUGAAGUCCUGCCUCACCUGCAUGGUGUCCUACUGUGAAGCCCACCUCCGGCCUCACCUGGAGAACCCAAAGUUUCAGAACCACCGGCUGGUGGACCCGCUAAGGGACAUCGAGAGGCGCACCUGCGAGACCCACAAGUGGCCCCUGGAGCUUUUCUGCUGCGCUGACUCCUGCUGCAUCUGCCAGGACUGUGUAAAAGAGGAGCACCGAGGCCACAAGACAGCCCCUGUGGAGGAGGCCCGGAGACGGAUAGAGAAAGAGCUGAGGGAGAAACAGACAGAGAUGCUGAAGAUGGUGUCGGCAGGAGACAAUGCCAUCAACAAACUCCAAGACAACAGAGUUUCUAUCGAGCAAUCGGUGACAAAGGUGCGAACGGUGAUCGAAAGCCAGUUCCAGGAGCUUCAGACGAUGGUGGAGAAGGCCAAGAAAGAGUUGACGGAGAUCCUGGAGAGCGAGGAGAGCCAGGCACUGAAGCAGGCUGAUGGCAUCCAGGUUCACCUGGAGCAGAGGUGCACAGAGCUGAAGAAGGUUCAGGCCCAGACGGAGAAGCUGUCCAAAAAUAAAAAUGACGUUGACUUCCUGCAGGAAUAUGCUGAGUGGACAAAAGAAGCCGGUGAUAAAUCUCUAUCUGGCAUCUACAUUGGCCUGGAGGACCGUCUGGACUCCUUCAGCCAUGUGAUCCAGGAGUCUACAAAGAAUCUCUGUGACAUGCUGGUGUCCACAUACAUUCAGAAAGUCAAGGAGAAGUGCAACAAUGAUGAAAUAGGGAUAAAGAUAACAGUUCAAACGAACACCGCAGCCAAACAUGACCAAUCCAAACCCGACCCAAAGACACGUGCUGACUUUCUCCAAUAUGCCGCUCAAGUAAGUUUCGAUGCUAACACGGCUCACAAGUUCCUCCGGCUGACCGAGGAGAACAGGAAGGUGACCAACACCACGCCCUGGCAGCAUCCUUAUCCUGACGUUCCCGAACGCUUUGAGAACUGCCGUCAGGUCCUGGCUGCUGAAAGCUUCUACGUCGGUCGCCACUACUUUGAAGCUGACAUCAGCGGCGAGGGUACGCACGUCGGCCUCACGUACAAGAGCAUCGACCGCAAGGGCGACGAGAGCAGCGGCUCCAUCACCGGGAACAGCUUCUCUUGGUGUCUCCAGUGGAACGGGCGAACCUUCUCGGCAUGGCACAACAACGAGGAGACACCGCUGACCGUGGAGAGGUGCCUGCGCAUUGGCAUUUACGUCGACUAUUCGCAAGGCCUUCUUUCGUUCUAUGGGGUGGAUGAGACGAUGAAGCUCCUUCACCAGUACAAGGCCCAGUUUCUGGAGCCUCUGUAUCCCGCAUUUUUCUUGCCCAAGAAGGAGAAUGUUGUAGUUCUGGUGGCUCCUGGAGAACCAUUACCGCUGAAAAGCCCAUCUCCUCCCACCUCACCAGCAGAUGGAGUUAUUGUUCCUCAAACCGAAACAAAAAGUGCUUAAAACUGAACUGUUACGCGAUAACAUCUGCAAAAAGUGAGCCGUGUGAAAAUUUGUGACAUGUUCAACCUGUUUACAUAUUUAGUUUGAAAAUCAAUUUUUUUUUGUCUGUUUAAUGAAUUAUAUGUGUGGCUGUGGGGCUACUGUUACUGGAAAUGCUCUGUCAGUGUUCUGUAUGGAAAUAAAAAUAUUGUUUGUCUGCA